ACAGAUACCUAGCAUCUAGCAAAACCAUGGCAGCAGCUUACCUUGAUCCAAACUUGAAUCACACACCAAGCUCAAGUGCAAAGACCCACCUCAGUACUGGGAUGGAGCGUUCCCCAGGGGCCAUGGAACGAGUCCUGAAGGUUUUUCACUACUUUGAGAGCAGCAGUGAGCCAGCGACGUGGGCCAGCAUCAUCCGGCACGGAGACGCCACCGAUGUCCGAGGCAUAAUUCAGAAGAUUGUGGACAGUCACAAGGUGAAAAAUGUGGCCUGCUAUGGGUUACGGCUCAGUCACCUGCAGUCUGAGGAGGUUCACUGGCUACACCUGGACAUGGGGGUGUCCAAUGUGAGAGAGAAAUUUGAACUAGCCCACCCUCCAGAAGAAUGGAAAUAUGAAUUGAGAAUUCGAUAUUUGCCGAAAGGAUUUCUAAACCAGUUCACUGAGGACAAACCAACUCUAAAUUUUUUCUAUCAGCAGGUGAAAAAUGACUAUAUGUUAGAAAUAGCAGAUCAAGUGGACCAGGAAAUUGCUUUGAAGCUAGGUUGCCUUGAAAUCCGGAGAUCCUACGGAGAGAUGAGAGGCAAUGCAUUAGAAAAGAAGUCCAACUAUGAAGUGUUAGAGAAAGAUGUUGGUUUAAGACGUUUUUUCCCGAAGAGUUUACUAGAUUCAGUGAAGGCCAAAACACUACGAAAAUUAAUCCAACAAACAUUUCGACAGUUUGCCAACCUCAAUAGAGAAGAAAGUAUUUUGAAGUUCUUUGAGAUCCUCUCUCCAGUGUACAGAUUUGACAAGGAAUGCUUCAAGUGUGCUCUCGGUUCAAGCUGGAUUAUUUCGGUGGAACUGGCAAUUGGCCCAGAAGAAGGCAUCAGUUACCUUACAGACAAGGGUGCAAAUCCAACUCAUCUAGCAGACUUUAAUCAAGUGCAGACUAUUCAGUAUUCAAACAGUGAAGACAAGGACAGAAAAGGGAUGUUGCAACUCAAGAUAGCAGGUGCACCUGAGCCUCUGACAGUGACAGCACCAUCCUUAACCAUUGCAGAGAACAUGGCUGACCUGAUAGACGGAUAUUGCCGGCUGGUGAAUGGAGCCACGCAGUCUUUUAUUAUCAGGCCACAGAAAGAAGGUGAGAGAGCUUUACCAUCAAUACCAAAGCUGGCCAACAAUGAGAAGCAAGGAGUGCGGUCACACACAGUCUCUGUGUCAGUCAAUCACUGUCAGCAUAAAGUAAAGAAAGCUAGACGCUUUCUCCCUUUCGUCUUCUGUUCCCAUGAGCCGCCGCCUAAGGAUGAAAUUAGUGGGGACGAGACAGAUGACUAUGCAGAGAUUAUAGAUGAAGAAGAUACUUACACAAUGCCAUCAAAAAGCUAUGGAAUAGAUGAAGCCAGAGAUUAUGAAAUUCAGAGGGAGAGAAUUGAGCUGGGGCGCUGCAUUGGUGAAGGACAGUUUGGAGAUGUACACCAGGGAGUUUACAUGAGUCCGGAGAACCCAGCUAUGGCUGUUGCAAUCAAAACCUGUAAAAACUGCACCUCAGACAGCGUUAGAGAAAAGUUCUUACAAGAAGCCUUAACAAUGCGUCAGUUUGAUCAUCCUCACAUCGUGAAGCUCAUUGGGGUCAUUACAGAAAACCCAGUUUGGAUAAUCAUGGAGCUCUGUACACUUGGAGAGUUGAGAUCAUUUUUGCAAGUGAGGAAAUACAGCUUGGAUCUGGCCUCUCUGAUACUCUAUGCUUACCAGCUUAGCACAGCACUUGCCUACUUAGAGAGCAAAAGAUUUGUACAUAGGUAA